AUGGCAGCUAAUUCCAUCAAGUGUCUUCAGGAUCAGAAGGUAUUACUCCUGCAGCUCAGGAAUAAUCUUAUUUAUGAUCCUCAGUUAUCCCCCAAUCUGGCAAAGUGGAACGACGCGAUUGACUGUUGUGAAUGGCAGGGUGUCACUUGCAAUAGUGCAGGCCAAGUUAUUGGUCUUGACCUUACCCAUGAGUGGUUCUCGGGCAACAUCAAUGCAUUAGCAAAUCUUAAGUUUCUCUCUGUUAUCCGUCUUGACGACAACAAUUUAUCUGCUUCAAUUCCAGAGUUUUUCGCUGACUUCUCCAAUCUGUCUGCCUUGAGUCUAAGAUCCUGCAACUUGAUAGGACAAGUACCCAAGAAGAUAUUCCAGGUACCAACUUUGCAGACUAUAGAUUUAUCAGACAAUUUUAAGCUCGGGGGUACUUUACCUGACUUUCCUUCAAAUGGAUCUCUAAGGAGUCUGUUUCUUAGCUAUACAGAUUUCUCGGGAAAUUUACUCAAGUCCAUUGGGAACCUUAGGAUGUUAUGCGAUGUUUCGUUUUAUUCUUGCAAUUUUACAGGUCCAAUACCAUCUUCUAUUGAAAAUCUUACCCAUCUUGUUUCUGUGGAUUUCUCACUCAAUAGUUUCACUGAUGAGAUAAUAUCGUCUAACUGGUAUGGCCUAGAGAAUCUUGAAACACUUGACUGCAGUGAGAAUUCACUUUCUGGGGUCAUUCCACCAUCAUUCUUUUUCCUACCAUCACUGAUGGAUUUACGUCUAAAUGACAACAACUUUUAUGGCCAAAUAACAGAAUUACAGAAUUUGCAUAAGUUCACAAAACUUACGAAGCUUGCCAAUCUUGAUCUAUCCCACAACAGAUUAUCAGUUGACACAGAUAUAAGUCAGUUAGAUAUUGCCUUGCUCCCUCAGUUAUUUGUCUUAAGGUUGGCAUCUUGCAAUUUGCGGAAUAUUUCUUUCCUUAAGAAUCAAACGGGGUUGGCUUCAUUAGAUCUAUCAAACAACAAUAUCAGAGAUUAUAGAUUUGGCUUUCUAAAUUCCUUGGAUCUACAUGCAAACCUGCUUACUGGGGAAGUUUCAUUACCACCACCUACAGCACUAUAUGUGGACUUGUCUAGAAAUAAACUUUAUGGUUUUAUCUCACCUGAUUUCAGUAAUUACCUCUCAAAUUCCUGGUUCUUCUCAGUUGCAAACAACAAAAUCAGCGGUACUAUCCCUUCUUCAAUAUGCAAUGCGACCGAUCUUGAAUUACUCGACUUGUCCAGCAAUAACUUGAAUGGCAGUAUACCAGCAUGCUUAGCUGAACAAAGCCUGACAGUACUUCACCUUGGUGGAAACAAUCUCAGGGGCAAUAUGCCUGGAAACUUUACAGAGUAUUGUCGCUUGGAAAUGAUAGACCUAAGCCAUAAUCACUUGGAAGGGAAGAUUCCUCAGUCGUUAUCCAAUUGCAGCAAUCUAAAGGCGUUAAAUGUGGGGAGCAACAAGAUAAGUGAUACCUUUCCCUGCUGGCUGAGAAGGUUAUCCUAUCUCCAUGUACUCAUGUUACGCUUCAAUAAUUUCCAUGGCAGCAUUGAUUGCUCUAGGGUCAAUUACACCUGGCCUGCUCUCCAAAUCAUUGACCUAGCUUCCAAUAAUUUUAGUGGCGUCCUGCCAAGAAACUUAUUCUUGGAGCUGGAAGCUAUGAAGGUUGAUUCAGCACAGUCGCGUGUUGAUCACCUGUAUGCUGCCAAUAGAAUUUUUUUUGGAGAUGAUUCAAGAGCACACGUAGACAUUUACUAUCAGGACACAGUAACUAGUACUUUUAAGGGACAAGAAAUGUCUGUGCCAAAGAUUUGGUUUAACUUCAACUCAAUUGACUUUUCGAACAACGGUUUUGUUGGAGGAAUACCUGAAACAGUCGGAGAACUAAAAUCACUUUACCUUCUAAACUUGUCUCACAAUGCUCUCACUGGACAAAUCCCACCUGCAAUUGGAAAUUUGAAGGAAUUGGGAUCACCUGACCUGUCAUUCAACAAGUUAGAAGGGUGUAUACCCGAGAGGCUUUCAGGGAUACCACAUCUUUCCUUCUUAAAUUUAUCAUACAGUGAACUUGUCGGAAUGAUCCCUCGAGGAAACCAACUUCAAACCUUUGACGAUAAUUCAUUUAUGGGAAACAAGGGAUUGUGCGGCUUCCCAAUUAACAAAGCUUGCAAUAAUGACAGAGAAGAAGCACCUCUGCAGCUAGCAUCUGAAGAUGAGCAACUCUUUAGCAGGGCCGACAUCUAUGGAGGCGCUGCAGUAGGCUUUGCAGUGGGUAUGGCAAUCAUAUUUCUACCGCUCUUAGUUUCUAGAGGAUGGAGAGAAUGUUAUGACAAGCUGCUUCAUGGACUAAUUCUCUAG